CUGUACAAUCUAUGGAUCAUUCUUUUGAUGGAAUAUCCAUAAAAAUGGAGGAAGGUAAAGACAAGAAGGGGAGCUGCAACCUGUCUCGUGUUGACAGCACCACCUGCCUUUUCCCUGUCGAGGAGAAAGCUGUGGAGUACUACUUCGCUUCUGACGCCAGCGCUGUCAUCGAGCACACCAACAGAGUGAUUUUCCUUGAGGAUGAUGAUGUAGCAGCUGUGGUCGAUGGCCGCCUUUCCAUCCACCGGAUCAAGCGCACUGCAGGCGAUCACCCUGGGCGCGCCGUGCAAACCCUGCAGAUGGAACUUCAGCAGAUUAUGAAGGGUAACUUCAGCUCAUUUAUGCAGAAGGAAAUUUUUGAACAGCCAGAGUCUGUCGUCAAUACGAUGAGAGGAAGGGUCAACUUUGAUGACUACACUGUAAAUCUUGGUGGGCUGAAGGAUCACAUUAAGGAGAUUCAGAGGUGUCGCCGUUUGAUCCUGAUUGCCUGUGGGACGAGUUACCACGCUGGAGUUGCGACCCGUCAGGUUCUGGAGGAACUGACUGAGUUACCCGUUAUGGUUGAACUGGCCAGCGACUUUUUGGACAGAAACACCCCUGUCUUCAGAGACGACGUCUGCUUUUUCCUCAGCCAGUCAGGUGAGACAGCGGACACGCUCAUGGGCCUCCGGUACUGCAAGGAGAGAGGAGCCUUAACCGUGGGCAUAACCAACACCGUGGGCAGCUCCAUAUCGCGAGAGACCGACUGCGGAGUGCACAUCAACGCGGGGCCCGAGAUCGGCGUGGCCAGUACCAAGGCCUAUACCAGCCAGUUUGUCUCUCUGGUGAUGUUUGCUCUGAUGAUGUGCGAUGACAGAAUUUCUAUGCAGGAAAGGCGCAAGGAAAUCAUGCGUGGUCUGAAGGGGCUGCCAGACUUAAUUAAAGAAGUGCUGAGCAUGGAUGAUGAGAUCCAGAAGCUCGCCACAGAGCUGUACCAUCAGAAGUCGGUUCUCAUCAUGGGACGUGGCUACCAUUACGCUACGUGUCUGGAGGGAGCUCUGAAAAUUAAAGAAAUCACCUACAUGCACUCCGAAGGGAUUCUGGCAGGCGAGCUGAAGCACGGCCCUCUGGCGCUGGUGGACAAACUCAUGCCCGUCAUCAUGAUCAUCAUGAGAGACCACACGUACGCCAAGUGCCAGAACGCUCUCCAGCAGGUCAUCGCGCGGCAAGGGCGCCCGGUCGUGAUUUGCGAUAAGGAGGACAUCGAGACAAUUAAGAACAACAAGAGAACCAUCAAAGUCCCCCACUCGGUGGACUGCCUGCAGGGGAUCCUCAGCGUCAUCCCCCUGCAGCUCCUGGCUUUCCACCUCGCCGUUCUCCGAGGAUACGACGUUGAUUUUCCAAGAAAUCUGGCCAAGUCCGUAACUGUAGAGUGAAAGAUCAUCUGAAUCAUAGGGGCAAAGGGGAAUUAAAUGAAAGACUCUUUUUUGGUACCAAAAUAACUUGAUUUUAAAGUCCCCUAGGUAAAUCUUAUUUUGGUAAAUCACUGUUUGUGUAUACGAUCACCGUAAUUCCAUUACAUUAGUGACUGUCGGAUCGAUUCCACACGCUGCGCCAAUAGCUUUGGGUUUUUUUGAACUUCCAGGAGAGAUGUUAAAUGGUUUUCUUUAAAGAUUA